UUCGAAGCUGGAGUGCUUUAGCCCUUUAGUUUUGAAGCAAGAAUCACCGUCUUGAGCGCGCAAGGCGCUCAAGAACAAGUAAGGGAUGAGCGCUUUGUUGCGCCUGCGGAUACAUUUUCUUGCUGGGGAAGGCUAGUUUGAUCGAGGAUUGGAGAGGAGAGGUGGAAUAAAAAGCUCGGGAUGGAUUUUGGAGUCUUUGUGCGAGCCGUAUGCGGUGAGAGUCGCACGUACGGUAAGGAGGGGGGUUCGCGUCUAUACGUGUAGUGUGGUGGUUGGGCCUACCCACCCUAUUUGUUCCAUGAUCUAUGGGUCUACUGGAGCUACCCACUUCGAUCAAUUAGCCAAGAUUUUGACCGGAUACGAAAUCACUGGUGCUCGAUCUAGUGGUAUUUUUAUGGGGAUUCUUUUUAUCGCUGUAGGAUCCCUAUUCAAGAUUACUGCAGUUCCUUUUCAUAUGUGGGCACCUGAUAUCUAUGAGGGUUCACCCACCCCGGUGACAGCAUUCCUUUCUAUUGCGCCUAAAAUCUCUAUUUCUGCAAAUAUGUCACGUGUUUCUAUUGUUGCUUCCUAUGGGGGUACAUUACAACAAAUCUUCUUUUUCUGCAGCAUUGCUUCUAUGAUCUUAGGAGCACUGGCCGCCAUGGCCCAAACGAAAGUCAAAAGACCUCUAGCUCAUAGUUCGAUUGGACAUGUAGGUUAUAUUCGUACUGGUUUCUCAUGUGGAACCAUAGAAGGAAUUCAAUCACUACUAAUUGGUAUAUUUAUUUAUGCAUCAAUGACGAUAGAUGCAUUCGCCAUAGUUCCAGCAUUACGGCAAACCCGUGUCAAAUAUAUAGCGGAUUUGGGCGCUCUAGCCAAAACGAAUCCUAUUUUGGCUAUGACCUUCUCCAUUACAAUGUUCUCAUACGCAGGAAUACCCCCGUUAGCCGGCUUUUGUAGCAAAUUCUAUUUGUUCUUCGCCGCUUUGGGUUGUGGGGCUUACUUCCUAGCCCCAGUGGGAGUAGUGACUAGCGUUAUAGGUCGUUGGGCGGCCGGAAGGUUGCCAUGAGUAAGGUUGGGAGACCGAAGGCUGUUUUCCGUGCACCGGACACGUAGCUUACCGAAUCAGUUGCAACACAGAUGGGAAUGCAUGCUACGAAAGACAGGGUCGAGUCUGAUACAUCAACCGUCGACUCCAUAUCCUUGUACGAGUCCACAAUCACUACACGAGAUGAACCUGGGUUUGGUGAAUGGAAGUUGGCCUUAGGUGUAAUAGGACUCCCAGUUACUGCGCGCGAUCGUAUACUGAGGUGCUCCCCGUCGGUUGUUGGAACGACGCGAGCCGGGCCGCGGGCCUCGAUUCCUUUCAUAAAGAUGAAGGGACAGAGGUGACUAAUUCCCCAUCUCAUUUGGGGCGGAAAACGAAUCGACAUCUCGAUGUGAUACAGCCCUUUCCAUUUUCGUUGGGAAAGAACGGCGAAGUCCAUCCGAACCCUCCAAUGAAGAAAUAAGAGGAGAGCAAAGCGCCAAUGGCGCGCGAAGCGCAUGCGGAAGGGGCACGGAGAAAUAAAGAAGUGUGGAGGAGAAGCAGCCGAGCUCAUUCCCUUCGCUUCCUGGGCCCAAAGCAGUGCUUUGUUUCCUGGCCAAAUCAAGGAUUUGGGGCUGAUUGCAAAAGAUAUCUGAAUAGAAAGAUAGAUCCAUCCAUCUAUCCAGAUAUCUAAAAAAGAAUCUAUUUUUAUUUCAUGAAACCUUUGAUUCAAAGAACAGCGCUUAGCCCCCCCGCUCAUGAAACGGCUCUGCUGCAAUGGAUGGCAGAGGGUCCGUAGUACCCGAAGCACUGGAGUGAUCCAGUAGCCGGGAAGGGGCCUAGAAGUGCCUACUACUACACCACACUACACUUGGCUCUACACAUUUACAGAGCUUACCCCUGUCCAGUGUCUGGCAGAACGUUGGGGGCUUCAAUCGUCGACUCGUUAUCCCCAUCUCAGCCCAGGCUAACGGAGCCUGACUUAUUCAGGGGAGAGAGUGGAGCCUAUCGAAGCACUCUUGAGAGUAAGAUCCUUGGCUCCUCUUCAUUCUCUACAGGGGUCUCUGCCCACAUGGAAGCGGGGCAGAGAUGGAUAAGAUCAAACACGGGAAUAAGAAGCAAUGCCUUUUUGAUCAUUUUGAUAGAGGGGGAUGGAUAAAGUGGGCAAAACAGACUCACAUUUUUCAAUCGAAAAGAUGGGUUCCUUUUUCGUCUCGACAAAGAAAGAAUCAUCUUGAAAACGCUCCUAACCCCUUCGUAGGGCCGUGUAUAGUAAGUGAUCCGAACCUGCCCGGAGCGAGCCCCCCUUAGAGGCAAGUGAAGUUGGUGAGCCGUAUGAUGGGCAACUAUCUCCUGCGGUUCGGAGAGGACUCAGCUGUUAGUUAGUACCCCCUUGGUUUCGGGGUGGACCCUUUCACUCUAUUUUAUUAUAUACGCUUAGCGAAAAGAAUGUUUUUUGAUAGACCUAGGACAUGGAUUCUAUAUGAACCAAUGGAUCGUGACAAGUCGUUACUACUAGCAAUGACUUCCUCUUUCAUUACUUCAUCCUUUCCAUAUCCCUCUCCCUUGUUCGAUCUUACUCAUCAAAUGGCACUCAGUUCAUAUCUGUAAAUUCGAUCAUUUACAAGGUUCAAAGAAAGGGUGGA